AUGCUGCGUGUAGGCUCUUGGUUGUACGGCAAGAAGCCGGGCAAUGCCUCCCAUGACUCAGCGGAUGAGGAAAAAGACUGCGCUACCUUCAUUUUAAACGACGAUGUCGAAAGCGCUGAAAACGAAUUGGCCAAGGGAAACUCGACUUUUCACAACGUGGGUGUCACUUUUCCAGGGGGCCGCGAUGACCUAGGCAAAGGAGUCGUGGCGUUCGUCCGGGCGACAUUGGGGUUUGAGCAGGAUAUUAUGCGACAAGCGUCCGAACGGUUAAACGAAGCAGAGACGACCGCUGCGAGCGAACAGCACCGUGCCCAGAAUAACUCGAACGCCCCCCAUGUAUAUCGGUCGGACAUCUACGCCCCCGGCACCGAAUACCUUCUCUGUCAGGCGAUUGCCCAGCUGAUGAGUGCUGUGGUCGGUGUUUUGAACGAGAGUUUGACCGAGAGUAUUAAGGCUUUCUACAGACUGCGAAAGGCAUACAUUACCUUGGAUGGCAUCGCAAAGAUGGAAGAAAAGUUUAUGGAGGCGCAAGCCGCGAAGGGUAUUGUACCCAGAUCAAGCGAUUUGUCCAGAAGCAGCGCCCAUUCCGAGGCCAAGUCAGCCGCUGCAUCUAGUGUAUCGAACAAGACGCCAGAGGCGGCCGCUUCAGAAAUCUCGCGAUCCUCCACGCCAGGGUCAAACAUCAACCAUGAUCCCGACUCGGAUAUUUUUAAGAACGAGAUCGACGUCUUCGUGCAUUCAGGAACAAAUUUUUGCUUUGGAAUCCUGUUGAUUUUGAUCUCGAUGGUCCCACCGGCUUUUAGCAAGCUUCUAUCGAUCAUUGGGUUUCGCGGAGACAAAGCGCGUGGAAUUCAGAUGCUCUGGCAGGCCAGUAAAUUCCAUAAUCUGAUCGGUGGAUUGGCAGCAUUGGCUUUACUGGGUUACUACAAUGGCUUUGUUAGGUAUUGUGAUAUCAUGCCAGAUGCAGCUCCCGGCGAGGACGAGAGCUAUCCACAAGAAAGACUGGAGGCGUUGUUGACUGAGAUGCGUGCUCGCUUCCCUGUCAGUAUGCUCUGGAUUCUUGAGGACUCUCGCAUGAGAGGUGCAAACAAAGACCUUGAAGGAGCGCUGGAACUCCUGAGCUCGAGCAAAGACAGCCAGCUGAAACAGGUCAAGGCGCUCUGUGUGUUCGAAAAGAGUUUGAACGCUCUUUUCUUGCACCGCUACGAGACCUGUGCGGAAGCUUUCAUCGAAUGCGUGGAUCUCAACUCCUGGUCCCGUUCCCUGUAUUACUACAUCGCUGGCUCAUGUCACGCUAUGCUUUAUCGCCAGAAUCUUGACGAUCCUGAAAAAGCGAAGGUCCACGCAGAGAAGGCAACUGAAUUCAUCCGCAAGGCUCCUCAAUUUGCAGGUAAAAAGCGCUUCAUGGCUCGUCAGCUUCCAUUCGACGUGUUCGUUACCCGCAAGAUCGCAAAGUGGGAGGCGCGCGCGAAAGAAUGGGGAGUAGAAUUGGUGGAUGCGAUCGGUGUAGACCCGAUUGAGGAGAUGAUCUUCUUCUGGAACGGCCAUAGUCGCAUGACAGACAGCCAACUAGAGGAUUCUUUGCAGCGGCUCGCAUGGUGCGAAAGCGACGCAAAUAAGACGUGGUCGCGGGAGGGUCCAGAGGAGAAGGCGAUCCUAGAUCUCUUGCGUGCAGCCGUUCACCGGUCGCUCCGCAACCACGAGCAGGCGAAAAUGAUUCUCUCCACCAGAGUUUUGAUACAUGACAAGCCAGUUUUCAAGGGCCAUCUGAAAGACGACUGGGUUCUUCCAGCGGCGCAUUUCGAGUUCGCUGCAAAUUCCUGGAUGGAGCGUCCGACCUACCAGGUUCACCACGGAUUGUCGACUGAGCCUGUACAACCAGGGUCGGAAGCCGAAAUGUUGCUCGUCAAGGAUUGCAAGGAACACUUGGAUCGGGCUGCGCGGUGGGAAAGCUAUGAACUCGAUGCUCGUAUUGGUCUCAAAGUGACUGCUGCGCAGGAGGCCGUGCGUAAGUGGGAAACCAUGCACUCAACUACCUUGUGA